CCACUCGAAUUUUACCUGCGCUUCAUAAGUUAGACUGUACCUGCGUUACUUAAAUAUUGGCUGCUAUUUCAAUAUGCGUGUAGGAAGCUCUGAAGGACCUUUGGAAACUUGCCUUCCCUGAAAAAGAGCUACACGGUGUUGUAUCUAAUCAGUGGAAAGAAAUGGGUUGGCAGCGCAAAGAUCCAUCCACUGAUUUUAGGGGUGGUGGUUUCAUAUCUCUUGAAAACUUGUUGUACUUCGCUAGGAAAUUCCCGAAAUCCUUCCAGGACCUUUUGAGGAAACAGGUUGGGGAUCGUUCUGUGUGGGAAUACCCCUUUGCUGUUGCUGGAAUCAAUAUUACGUUCAUGCUCAUCCAGAUGCUUGACUUAGAAGCAGUGAAACCACGAAGUAUUGUUGGGGAAAUAUUUCUGAGAUUCCUUUCGGUGAACGAAUCUGCCUUUGACCUUCUUUAUUGCAUUGCCUUCAAGCUGAUGGGUCAGCAGUGGCUUUCUAUGUGGGCGUCAUACAUGGAAUUUAAUACUGUAAUGAAAUCGACAAGGCGGCAACUGGAGAGAGAGAUUAUGGUUGAAGAUUUGCCAUCAUACAGUCUUCUCAGUCAGUAGCAUGUUGUGCUUGUAUAGAGUAUGUAUAAAACUAUAAAUUAAUUAAAAAACACAGCUUAUACAAAUUGCCAUUUUUCUAUAUAACAUUGAAUUGAGGCCAUAUGAUACAUAUCUCUAUGAAAUGAGGUCA